GUCCGAUGCACCUCAGCUGCCAAUAUAUAUAUGGGCCGGCCGCCCACUCUACCAAACUUUAUCCUUUCGCACCUUUCGUAGUUUCAGAUAUUCAACGAGGCAAAGAGUUGGGAAGACAUUCGUUAGAUUGAGAGAUGGCUCGUACAAAGCAAACUGCACGUAAAUCUACUGGAGGAAAGGCUCCUAGGAAGCAACUUGCCACGAAGGCUGCUCGUAAAUCUGCCCCAACCACCGGAGGAGUAAAGAAGCCUCAUCGUUAUCGCCCUGGUACUGUUGCCCUUCGUGAAAUUCGCAAGUACCAGAAGAGUACUGAGCUCUUGAUUAGGAAGCUGCCUUUUCAGAGGCUUGUUCGUGAAAUUGCUCAGGACUUUAAGACUGAUCUGCGGUUCCAAAGCCAUGCUGUGUUGGCUCUACAGGAGGCUGCUGAGGCUUACCUUGUGGGUCUCUUUGAGGACACAAACUUGUGUGCUAUCCAUGCCAAGCGUGUGACCAUAAUGCCGAAAGACAUCCAAUUGGCUCGUCGAAUCAGGGGUGAGCGGGCUUAAGCGUGCUUGUCUUUUUAAUUCAGUGUGGUGGUGGUGGUUGGUGGUGUUAUAUGGUGGUGGAAUUAUUGAUUAGGUGGUAAUUGUGGUGGUAGUUAUUAUGAUCGGCAAAACUCCCUAUUAGGAUGGAUUUGUGUGUUUGGUUUGUUGCUCAGAUUGAACUGUGGCAUUGGAAUCUAGUGUUUUGUUCUGUUUUGUUUUGUUUAGGUGUUGUGUGCAUAAAGAACGGGUAUUUGAUUUAACUGUAAUGUUUUGGAUCAUGAAAGGAUGAUGAUUAUAAUGGGGUUGAUUUUGGUUUGUGUUGAA